AUGAGUUCUCUCUACAAGCUCCUGAUCAAAGGGAUCCGUUCCUUUGACCCUGAACGAGAGGAAACCAUUCAAUUUGGAUUCCCCUUAACCCUUAUUUGUGGGCAGAAUGGUACAGGUAAGACGACCAUCAUUGAGUGUCUCAAGUACGCGUGUACUGGGGACCUCCCUCCCAAUUCCAAAGGUGGUGCUUUCGUCCACGACCCACUCCUUUCAGGAAGGUCUCUGGUUACCGGCCAGGUAAAACUCGCCUUCCGUGAUACCCUGAAGAAGCUGAUGGUGCUUACCAGAACCGUUCAAUUGACCAAACGCAAACAGCGCAAUGCCUCCACAUACACCAAUACCUUCAAAACUCUAGAGGGUCAAUUGGCUAUUAUUCCGGGAGGGGGUCGUCCUAAGCUUACUGUGCUGACAAAGAAUGCUGAGCUUGACUCCCAAACCCCACUUCAUUUGGGAGCUCUGAAGUCAGUGCUCGAUUACGUCAUUUUCUGCCAUCAAGAUGAUCUGCUAUGGCCUUUGGCCGAGGGGCUGGUCCUCAAGAAACGGUUCGAUGAUAUUUUCGAGGCGUCAAAGUAUACUAAAGUUCUUGAUAGCUUCAAGUCGAUUAGAAAGGAAAUGGCGACCCAAAUCAAAUUGUUGGAGCAAUCUGUGGAGCAUCUCCGCAUUGACAAACAACGGGCCACUAAAGUCAAAGCAAAGAUAGCAGAGUACAAAGAGAAAAUCGAGUCGAUGGAUGCCACCAUAGCUCAACUUGCCAUUCAAAUUGAGGAAAAGGAAGCUGAAGCUAAGAAUUUAUUCAAUACCAAUCAGGACUUCCAGAAGAUUAUUGCUGAAAACGAACGGUUGGUCUAUGCACAUGAUCUGGUCAACCAAAGAAUACUGGAGGUCGAAGCCACGAUCGAGGAAAAGUUAGAUUUGAGCGAUAGUGACCUAUUGGAGCAAGAACAAAACUUCAGUGUUAAGCUUACAGAAAAGAAGAAAGAAAUUGAAAAGCUUAGACAACAGCGUAAUGUUGCCAUUGAAGAAGCCAAUGCUCACGAACGUGAAACUGAUGUAUUAGUGGCAAAGGACGCCGAGCUUCACGCGCAGGAAAUCGAAUACAAGCGCAAUCAUGAACAGCUUGCGCAAUUAAUAGAUACCCAUGCUCAACUUGUUGGACACACCGUUGUUGCUGACCCUUCUGAAAAUGUGGCUCAAUUUGGGCCAAAAAUAUCUAAGUUUUGGACCAAUCGUCAAAAGCAACACGCCGACGAUGUGGCGGAGAUUGAACUGCAUGUCAAGUCCCUAGAGCGUGAGGUUUCUGAAAUUGAAAACUCAAUCAAUCAGGAGACAAAGCAUAGAGAUUAUCUCAGUGCCGAACACGUCAAAAAGCUGGAUAAGCUUCAACUUAUGAAGACCAAGCUAUCACUCUUGGACUCUAAAAGCGAAGAAUUGAAAGAAAAGCAGGAGGAAGUGGAAAAGUACUCAAUUGUUGUUACUGAAAAGAAGCAAGACCUCAUGAAGCAAGAUUACGACGAAAAACUUGCAAAUUUGAAUCAACAGUGGUCUGAACUUGAGCUUAAAGUCGAUGAGGUCAACCGCAAAAUUGGGCAUGCUACACAACAAGCAGAAGCCUCGACCAAAUUGGACAUGCUUCGAGAAAAUCAAAGCCAAUUGCAACAACAACUCCGCUCAGGUGAAAAGAAAGUUGAGAGUAUUUUGAAAGGAGAGUUUGCAGCAUCUGAGCUGGCAAUCAAUUCUGAACUUGCGCGGAUUACCCAUGCUCUUGAAGCCAACGAGACCGAGGCCGCUAAUUUGCAAGCUCUGUUGGCCGCUGACGCGCGAGUAGUGACUGAGACGGAAGAGAAGCUAGCUGCUUCCAAGCGUGAGUGCUUGAAAGUACUUGACCUGGAGAACGACAUCGAUUCCUAUGAAACCGAUUUGGGCGAAUUAGAGGAUGACUAUAAGAACGUGAUGGAAGAUUUGAGUGUGGCCGAAGUGACACGAGACUUCAACAUCAAAGCGAUUCUGGUUGCUGAGUCUAAACAUCUGUGUAUGUUGUGUCAAAGACUGUACGACGCUGAUCUGCCGGGUUUCAAGAAGUUUGUCGAGCACUUGAAGCAAACCAUCGAUAAGGAGCGAAUCAAGAAGACUGCCGAUCUGGCGGCCGAAAUUGAGAAAGAGCUUAAUCAAUUGAAAACGGUUCAAGCGAGUGUUUUAGCAUACCGCCAACAUAAAGCAACCCUCAAAGCCAUGGAGCCUGCUAAACUGAGGGAAGAUAAGCUUGCAGUGAUUCGCAAGGAGGUAACCAAGGCUAAGAAUGUAUUGGAAAGAUUGCAAUCGUCGAAGCGGCAAAUCUCAGAAAACACUCGUCUUUCGCUGGAAAUCGAUCGCCUCGAACGUGAAAUCGAUGACAUUGUUGGCGAUACCUCCACAACACAAUACCUGAUCAAAGAGCUUCAAGCACAACAGCAACUGGCGACGAAUCAAAUGCGUAAGCUUCGGACGGAAAUCGACACUGUUACUGCGGCCAAGCAAUCGGAGGUGAGAGAAAUACAAAAGUUGGAAAAUAGAGUACGUGACGCUAAGGUGGCUUUAUCUCAAAUCGAAGCUCAAAUGGCAGAUGUCACAAACAUUGAGCUGCUGGUGCGUGAGCUUGAAGUUGAACUUGACGAGAUUGAUGCCAAACGGGAAAAGAUGGAUGAAACUCUUGUAAAACUUAAUGGCAGCUUACAAACAAAGAAAGCUACAAGCACUGAACAAAUUUCGCGACUCAAUACCAAACGACGCAAUCUCGAGCAAGAGUAUCUGAGUCUCGAACUGGAUGUUACCCGUUAUAAUGCAUUGGCACCAGAAAUUGUGCGAUUUGAGCGCACUGUCAAAGAUGAGUUGGAACGCUCGCAGUCAUUAAUUGAGAAGUCCAAGCGCUUACGUGAUGAACUGCGAGCUCAGGCGCUGGCGCUAGAGAAUGAGAUUAAGGAGUUGGAAGCGGAAGUUGUGGGACUGGGUCCGGCACAGCAAAAUAUCAGGGCUAAUCUCGAAUUGAGAAGAUUACAAGCAGAGCUCAACACCAUCGCUGAGAAGUUGGAGCAGCUUAAUGUGGCUGAAGCUCAGGAGAAGCUGGAGAAUUACAGUAAGCUUAGUGAUCGUCUUCGUCAAGAUCUCUCUGGGCUUAAUGCUACCCACAAUACUACGCUCGGGGAAAAGAAGCAGAUUGUAAACCUGCUCACUCACGCCGAAAAUGAGCUUGAAACUGAGUAUGCUGACAUUAAUGAGAAACAUCACACCGAAUGGGUGAACCUUCAGACUCACUUACUCGUGCUGAAUGAUAUCCAAGUGUAUGCCGCCCUGUUGGACAACGCCAUUAUGAAGUAUCACUCGCUCAAAAUGGAGGAAAUUAACCGCACGUUGCGUGAACUUUGGCAACAGACUUAUAGAGGGCUGGACAUCGACACCAUCGCCAUUAAGACUGAUGUUAAUGUCACCGCCAAGACUCGCAGUUACAACUAUCGGGUGGUGAUGUCGAAAAAGGGACUGGAACUUGACAUGAGAGGUCGGUGCCUGGCUGGACAGAAAGUGUUGACCUCGAUUUUGAUCAGAUUGGCGUUGGCAGAAUGUUUUGGUGUCAAUUGCGGUAUCAUCGCUUUAGAUGAGCCCACCACUAAUUUAGACAAAGAGAACGCUGUAUCGUUGGCCCAAUCACUUAAUCGAAUCAUCAGCUUCCGUAAGCAGCAGCUGAACUUCCAAUUGAUUGUGAUUACUCAUGAUGAGCAUUUCUUGGAACACAUCAAUGGUGACGGGUUUACCGACCACUUUUAUCGCAUCAAGCGCGACGAAGAUGAAACUAGUGUCAUCUCUAGAGUGCCGAUUUCCCAAUUAUAG